CUUCACUCUCCCUAUCCUUGCCUGACUUAGCUCACAGCCUCUGUUCUCCCAGACAAACUCUGGCUGGUGUUCUGUCUUUCUCUCUCUCUCUCUACCUCUUCUGUCUCCCUCCUCCUUCUCUCUGUGAGGAUGACGCCCCGGAGACUGCUGUGUCUGGUGGUCCUACUGGUGCUUUGUAAAGGUCAGGAGAGUGGGAGGGGCGAACCCUGUGACAACUUCACAGACCUGUACUUCCACGAGUCGUUCAUUGGCACCAUCCUGGACGUGCGCCUGCUCCUCUACACCCGGUCCAACCUCUACUGUGGCCGGGAGCUCAGCCACCACCACCUGUCCUCCCAGCCCUUCCUCAACCUCUCCCUGCCCACCGCCUUCGUCAUCCACGGCUACCGGCCCACCGGAGCACCCCCUAUCUGGGUGGAUCACAUUGUGCACCUGCUGGCGGAGCAGGAGGAUAUGAACGUGGUGGUGGUGGACUGGAACCGAGGUGCCGCCAACCUCAACUACUUCACCGCCGUGGCGAACACCCGCCAGGCUGCCAACAACCUUACGGGCUUCAUCCUCAACAUGCAGGAGGAGGGGGCGUCGCUGGACUCGGUGCACCUGGUUGGUGUUAGUCUGGGAGCGCACCUGGCGGGGUACGUAGGAGCCAACCUGAAGGGAAAGAUUGGCCGCAUCACAGGUCUGGACCCAGCAGGACCCAUGUUCACUGGAGCGCAGCCCGACGAGAGACUGGACCCCUCCGACGCCAUGUUUGUAGACGUCCUCCACACCGACAUGAACUCGUUUGGACUCAGUGGGGCUCACGGCCACAUCGACUACUACGCCAAUGGAGGUGCAGAUCAGCCUGGCUGUCCUAAGACCAUCUUCUCUGGAAAGUCUUAUUUUGUGUGUGACCACCAGCGGUCAAUGUUCCUGUUCCUGUGCGCUCUCAACCGCACCUGCAACCUCACAGGCUACCCCUGCACAUCCUACUCUGACUUCCUGGAUGGGAGGUGCCUGCAGUGUGAAGCGUUUAAGCCCCACCCUUGCCCACAGCUAGGUUAUGAUGUCAGCAGAUGGAGAGAUACCCUGCUACGAUUGGGCCAGACCAAGGCUUACUUCAGCACUACAGCCACAUUACCCUAUAGCAAGGCGAGCUACAGGGUUGACAUGGUGACCUGGAACCAGUACCUUCGCUGGGGGGUCAUCAUCCUCAGAAUCCACAGCGGGAGGAACUUCACAGAGGCCCGCAUCGACCAUAAGCUGUUCAGGCUGGAGCAGUACACGUCCACCCGUCUGCUGGCCCAGUUCGACGAGGACCUGCAGCCUGUUCAGAAGAUCUCCCUGCGCAUCGCUACCGGCAACGUGAUCGGCCCUCGCUACAAAUUCCGCCUCCUGCGCAUCCGUCUCUCACCCCUGGAUCGCCCUGACAGACCAUCAAUGUGUCGCUAUGACAUCAUCUUGGAAGAGAACAUGGAGGUGUCGUUCCGUCCACUGCCCUGCGACCCUCGGCUCUGACCUUUGAGUUCUGUCUCACACACACACACACACACAGCCAGUAGAGAUUUACCAUCACAAGGCCCAAAACUAAUUCCUACGGAGUCUCCCAUUCAUACUCAGAGAUCCAGGGGCUACACAGUGAAGACUGCUGAGGACACUGAAUCUGGAAUCAGUACAUUGCAGGAUGGAACCACGAAAAACAUAGAAACUUCUGAUAAUGUACAAGUGAACAAAAGUGUUAUUUUCUUUAGCAGGAAAAGCCCCAUCAUAGAAAACACUUCCUUGAGAAUGGACAUAAGAACUGGCCAGGUCAAGCUUCUUCACAUGGGCAGUGACAACCAUAGAUAUGGUGACAACCAUGCUGCCUGGAAAAAAGAGAUAACGAUUUAGAUGAUCAACACUGCUGCCCUGUUGGGAUUAUGUCACAUGGGACUUUGUCAUAGUGAGAUUCUUCUUUUUCUCACUCUGUGCCUUAUGUUGUUUGGUGGAGCUGCUAUGACGUUUGACUAGGUGCUUUCAGAAGCUAUAAUCACUUAUGACUGAAAUAAUAAAGAUUUUGGUUUGUAGUUCAUAAAACUGAUGUUGUAAUCGGGAUCAAACAGAGCAGCGUAAAAGCUUGAAAGUGGUCCUUCUUCGAAACUAUGUUUUGAAUUCACGACAGUAUUGCAGUGCAGAUUUUUUGUAAGCAUUUUUGUAUUUCUA